GCGAAGGGCCUCGUCUUUUCGAUCCUGAAUGGAGAUAAGAUCAGCCGGAAAGUGAAAAUCAUCUCCGCCAACUGCCGCCGCCACCGAUGAUGGUCCCACCAAAGACGCCGAUAUGGAUGAUCUCGCCGGCGAUGACGUCACCGAACCCACACUGCUCAUUAUGUUAUAUACUUCAGUCGAAGCAAGGAGCUCGAUUUCAAAGAUAUGCCAUGGAAGUUCAACAUUUUCAAGUACAAUUGUAUUUGGCAAUAGGAUUUGGAUUGAUAUUUCUGGUCAUGAGUAGCAAUGCAAUGCCUACUACUCAUGAGGAGCAGAAAUGUUUCGGAGAGAAAUAUGUUACAAAGACAUAUUUUAAGAUACAUGAUAGUUUGAUAGAUUCACAAUUUGAAGAAUUUAUAGCAAACAAAAUUCCACUAGGUUUGUGCGACGUGCAUCAAGAUGAACGCUAUUUUGUGCCCAGACUGUUGGCUAUGCAUCGAAAUUUAAUUGGCGUAGGCUCUCAUCGUCAGCUUUCUUCGUCUAUCAGAAUCAAAAUGCAGGGAGAAUCAAAAUCUAAGCUUCCUGCUCAGUCUUGUCAAGUUAUAAUCAUUGAAAAAUUACCCUCUGGAGGCUUUGCAGAUCCAUUUGAGCUGCAACAUCUUGUCCAUCGUGGUGUAUUCACAGAUGUAGCUGUUCUUGGUGACACAAAUUUAGAACUGCCUUCAUUUCGGUCAAAUCGAUCAGUGGUUGAAAUUCACUUGGACAUGGGCUAUAACAUGUCAUCAGGAGUCAAGGAUGAACUCAAAAUCAACCUUCGGCUUCCACUACAUGCACGAUAUGCGCCACUAGGACAUGGCUUUUCAAAAGUUGAAUUUGGGCAACCUGAUUUAUUGAUGCGUUGUAGCUUUGAAGGAAAGGCAUUCGACGGGAGCUGUUCAUUUAUGCUAAAGAACGAUGAUGUCGAUUAUAAAGCCAGUCCUAUCAUAUGGGAGGUACCUUGUGGUAUUAAGGAACAUGCAGGAGUCGUAUCUGCUGUAACGUUUCUCUCUGCUAUUGUUUCAGCUCUUCUAAUUGUCAAGACUUCUAUUUAUCAUUCACAUAACACAAUUUUUUGAUGAGCUGAAACAUUUAUAAACAAUUUUUUUGUUUGAAUGAUUCUUAAUGCAUUAGCUUUUUAGAUGUAGCAUUUGGAUUAAAGAUAACUUUUCAUGGAAUUAUUAGGUAAAAUUUUAGAUGAACACAUUGAUGUACUGUUUUUUGUCUGAAUAGAAUUUAAAGUUUUGAA